CUCGGUUUCUUCUUCUUCUUCUUCUUCUUCUUCUUCUUGCGUGCUACCCAAGAUUCUUGGGGCGUUUGGAUUGAUGUUGGGUUGACAGAAAGCCUCCCUCAGCGGGCGACGGGUUGUGUGUCCUCCGGUAUCUGGUCGGCAGGACCGAUAAUGCUCACGAUUUUAUGGACCAUCCCGUCGUGGUUCGUGCUUUUUCCCUCAUGCCCGCUCGCCAUGCGUGAUCAUCCAUCUAUCUGGCCUCGUGGGCGCGGAGAUCAGAGUGGACCUCUCUCUCAAUUACAAUUCACAGACUUUCAAUCAUUCAAAAAGCAAAGACGUACUGCACACGACGUGAUUGGGUGUGCAGCAUUCCCCCCGCGGUGCAUGUAUGCCGGCCUGUUCGGCAGGGCUGGCGAGCAUAAUCCCCGUUGAGCAUGCCCUUUGCCAGCCUUGCCGUUGCUUGCCAGAACCGUGCCUUCGUCUUCGCACUCUAUUGAGUUGU